UAGUUUGAAAAUGAAAUUGCCUUGAUAAUGAUCUUCAAUUUUAGUGCUAAAACUAAAAUGCGUGUUUGUUUCAGAUACUUGUGUACGUAACUUCGUUGGAGAGUCCUGCCUUUCACUGCCUGAAUCCUUUUAACAGUGUGCCAAAGAAGGACUCCAUGAAAGAUGACAGAAGAAGUUAUUGUUAUUGCAAAGUGGGAUUACACUGCACAGCAGGACCAAGAACUUGACAUCAAGAAAAAUGAACGUCUUUGGCUAUUAGAUGAUUCGAAGACAUGGUGGAGGGUAAGAAACGCGGCCAACAAAACGGGAUAUGUGCCAUCAAAUUACGUGGAGCGAAAAAACAGCUUGAAGAAAGGUUCUCUGGUUAAAAAUCUAAAAGACACAUUGGGCUUGGGAAAAACAAAAAGGAAGACGAGCGCGCGAGACGCCUCGCCUACUCCCAGCACAGAUGCGGAGUACCCGUCCAACGGCAGCAGCGCGGACCGCAUCUACGACCUCAACAUUCCUGCCUACGUCAAGUUUGCCUAUGUGGCGGAGAGAGAGGAUGAACUGUCCCUCGUCAAGGGGUCCCGGGUCAUCGUCAUGGAGAAGUGCAGCGAUGGCUGGUGGAGAGGGAGCUACAACGGACAGAUCGGCUGGUUUCCUUCGAACUAUGUGGUAGAGGAAGUUGAGGAGGCCACUGCAGAUUCACCGAGCUUCCUGAGCUUGAGGAAAGGCGCUUCCAUGAGUAACGGCCAGGGCACCAAAGUACUCCACGUUGUUCAGACACUGUAUCCAUUCAGCUCCGUCACAGAAGAAGAGCUCAAUUUUGAAAAAGGGGAAACAAUGGAAGUCAUUGAAAAGCCAGAAAACGACCCAGAAUGGUGGAAAUGUAAAAAUUCCAGAGGGCAAAUUGGUCUUGUUCCUAAAAACUAUGUAGUAAUCGUUAGCGAUGGUCCUACCAUUAACACUUCCCAUCCACCUCAGAUAAGCUACACGGGACCAUCUUCCACCGGACGAUUUGCUGGAAGAGAGUGGUAUUAUGGGAAUGUUACCCGACAUCAAGCAGAAUGUGCCCUAAAUGAGAGGGGAGUGGAAGGAGACUUCCUUGUUAGAGAUAGUGAAUCCUCGCCCAGUGACUUCUCGGUAUCUCUAAAGGCAUCGGGGAAGAACAAACAUUUCAAGGUGCAGCUCGUGGACAAUGUCUAUUGUAUUGGGCAGCGUCGCUUUAAUACUAUGGAUGAGUUGGUGGAACACUACAAAAAGGCUCCCAUCUUCACCAGUGAACACGGGGAAAAGCUAUAUCUUGUGAAAGCACUUCAGUGACGUUGAAGAUGGACUCGGCCGCCCAGGCCUCUUAUAACUUCCAAGCCUUAGGUCCUAAAUUCACUUUUAUAGAGCAGAGCAAUAUCUGAAGCAGGCUUAAAGAGUAGGGUCUUUCUAACGUGUUUGCUCUGUUGGUUGUUAUUUGUCCUUUUUCGUUUGCCUACUUUUGUCUUUCAGUUCUGUCAAUCUCAGAUCACCUCCUUUCAGGUCGAGCCGUUCACUAGGUGGCCGUUGCAAGCGCUCACUUCCAUGACCGAGUUCUAAACCCCCCUCCUCUGCGUACGUUUACAGAGGUAGCUCGGAUGAAGGAGGGGGGUUUGCAAUUCAAACCAGUGUUAACCUCUUCCAGCGGCUCACGCAGACAGAACUCUUCGUUAAGAGACAUCGGGCACAGCUUGAAUGCACUGAGGCUGCAGCUGAGUGAGUGAGAUACAGUAGACAUGACGGUUGUGGCUGUGAGUUCUGUAGCUAUUUUGCUUCCCAUAUUACAGAAACUCCUAGCUCCUAGAAGCACUCUUUACACUGUACUCUGCUAUUACAUUGCCUCUCUGACUCUUCGCAAAGAGUACACUAAUUAAAGCGUUUUGUAAUAGUACUUCCUAAACUACUAUGGUAAGAUUGUAGUAAAAAAAAAAAAAAACUAGUGUAUUUUGGUCUGUAAUUGCAACAAAGAGAAAUUUUAUUUGAAAGUUGAUUACUAGAGAAAGAAUCAUUGAAAUGUAAAGACUGAAUGUUUUGGUAAUCUACAACCAAAUGUGCCAUCCACAUAAUGCUUUUUCCUCUUGCCCUUCUGCUUGUUUGAAUUAAACAAUUAUGUAUUUAAUUCUCAAAGUAAUAUGUAUCUGUAGCUGAUUGUUGACACUAAUACAGAAGAUUAAUAAAAAAUGAUCUUGGGACGGGUGGGGCGGGCUACCAACACUAUAUAUAUAUUUGCUUUACAGAAAGAAAUCUUCAGGUUUUACAGAGGAUGGUGUGAUUGGUAGGAAGAGACACACAGAAUGUUUAUGAAGAAAAUGCAUUUCUCUCUUUUCUUUACAUUUAAACUCCUUUAUGGUUUAAAUAUACAGUCUUUAGAUGGCACACUCCUGAGAUUGAAGAAGGGGAUCUUAGGAUCUCCAGAUCUUGCAUACUCAGUUUUUUGGAUAUUGUAAUAAAAAAGGUAUUAUGUCA